AUGUCGCGAGGUCGCGCCGCCGAUUACCACCCCGAUUAUCGUCGCGACUACAACCAUGAUUACGACAACCCCGUUAUGGCCAGCUUUUCGGAGUUCACCGAGGAUAUCUACCCGUCUCGACCACCGCAAAAACCCGCCCACGCUAUGGUUAUACAGGACGAUGGGGCUAGUACUCGCCCACCCUCCACAACGCCGUCCCUGCGGUCAGCCGGGUUGCAUUCGACAAACGUCAAGUUCGAAGAGCCGAGGGGAUUUUUUAUAUCAUACUGUCGGUUGAUUUGGUUAGUAGUCGUUCUUGUUCUGUUAACCGUAAUAGUUGGGCUGCUAGCAGGCUUGAUCCGCCCGAACGAAGAACCGGUCAUGGUGGUGUCGGCUGAGGAAACUCAGACGACACUGGACCCCAGCGUGGUGUACCACCGACCCCAACUCCCGCGGACACUCAUUCCGCAGCGUUACGACCUGAACUUAAGACUUGACCCGGAGAGCCGGGAAUUCACGGGCUCGGUCGCUAUCACUGUCAAGUGCGAGGAGGCUACCAACUACGUGGUUCUACACGCACUGGAGUUGAGCAUCGACCCAUAUACAGUCACGGUGCGGAACAAACAAACAAACAAUAGAGUGAGAAUGAAAACACAGUUUUGGUUUGCCAGGCAUCAGUAUUACGUCAUUGAGAUGGACGCGGAUAUGACGUUAGAUGAAGAAUACGUCAUCAGUUUCAGCGAAUUCAAGGGUGAACUGCGCAAUGAUCUGAUGGGACUCUAUCAAAGCGAUUACAUCGAUGCGAGCGGCGAAAGUCGGUCCGUGGUGUCGUCCCAAUUCUCUCCGUCUUUUGCAAGAAAAGCCUAUCCAUGUUUCGAUGAACCGGGAUUCAAAGCGGUUUUCCAGGCCUCGAUCACGUUCCCAGACCCAUACAGGGCGCUGUUUUGCACACCGAUGCAGUCUGCGGAGGACCUACCCGACUCGUGGAAAAAAGAAGUGUACGAAGAAACGCCCCCUAUGGCAACUUAUCUGACCACGUUCGUUUUAGUCAACGAUGAUUAUCAAUACAAGGAACGAGUGAAAGCAGGUGGUUAUACGAUUCGUUUUUGGGCACGAUCGGCAAUAAUUGACGACCUGGAUUGGGCGCUUGACGUCGCUGAUCGUAGUUUUGAGUUUCUCGAACAAUAUUUUGGUCGAGCGGAUGCAAUGAAAAAGUCCGAUAACGUUGCCGUGCCAACUCAUCUGUUCAGCGCCAUGGAAGGAUGGGGGCUGGCCACUUAUCUGGAGCGCCUUGUCGUCUACAAUGACGUCACAUCGUCCACGCGAAAGAAGUAUGAGACAGCGACGGUGGUCGCGCACGAAUGUUCUCACGUUUGGUUUGGUAAUUUGGUCACGAUGACAUGGUGGAAUGAUUUGUGGUUGAAAGAAGGUUUUGCGUCAUUCUUCAUGUUUGAAGUUAUCGCUAACAUUGAACCAUCCUGGAACAUGGAUGAAAUUGUAUCUGUGGAAGUCGUACAGGAAGCGCUCGAACUAGACAGUUUCACGACGUCACAUCCGCUUACGUAUCCAGACAAUCAAGAAUUGACCGACCUGCUGGCCAAUUUUGACAGGCUAACAUACUGGAAGGGCGCGUCCGUACUGCGCAUGCUCGAAAAUAUUGUCGGCGCAGACGACUUUAAAAGGGCUAUUCAGAACUUUUUGCGUCGCUACGAGUAUAGUAAUGCCGACAUGGACGAUAUUUGGGAAGAAGUCAGGAAGGUAACGGCCGAGACCCUGGGUAAUGAAAUCGACGUCAAAAAAGUCAUGGAUACGUGGACACUUCAGAAGGGGUAUCCUGUUAUCACGGCGACCAAAAACGGCGCAUAUAGUGGACAGUCUACUAAACUUGAGCAGCGGUAUUUUGUCCUAAAAUCCCCGGAAGAAAGAUUCGAUUAUCAGGAAAGUCCGUUCAGAUAUAAAUGGAACGUGCUUUUCACCUACGUGGCUAGUACUGCAACGCUCACAACGCGGUCUGAAUGGAUCGAUCAGAGCAGCCGAACAGUCGAUGUUCCAGAUGGCAGUAACUAUGGUAACUGGAUAGGUAAUUUCGAUCUCGCGGGAUUCUACCGCGUGAACUACGAACAAACAAACUGGGAGUGGAUCAUCCAGCAACUUCGCAAUGAUCACAAUUCGUUCAGUCCAGUGACAAGGGCAGCGAUUAUAGAUGAUGCGUUUUCCCUUCAAAGAGCUGGUUUACUGGACACGAUGACCGCUUUGCAAGUUACAUUGUACCUUGGGAGGGAAAACCACUACGCACCUUGGCACGCCGCUAACAGGGGAUUUACAUAUCUUAGAAAUCGUCUACAUAUGACAUCAUACUUUGGUACAUUUCAGCGAUACAUACUAGCAUUGCUUAAUGACUACGAUGUCACGUGGUUCAUGCCCGCAAGUGAUACAGUAUCGGAACGAUUUCUCCAAGAAAUGCUACUAAAACUGUCCUGUGCAAAUGGCGCCGCCGGCUGCGUCAACGAGGCCGUGUCCAGAUUUGACGAAUACCUGGAGUCUGACCGAAGAAUAGAACCCGAUCAGAAGUCCGUGGUGUACUCGGAAGGGAUUGCACACGGCACAGUCGAUGACUGGGACGUCAUGUGGUCACGUGCUCAGAAUGCCCAAUCGCCAGACGAGGAGACGAUCAUCAUGACGUCGCUGACAGCUUCCCGCGUGCCAUGGGUUCUGGACAGGUAUAUGCAGUGGAGUCUGAAUGUGUCAAUCGUGCCACAGUCUCUGAAUUGGGCGGUUUUCCAGAAUAUUGGUACUAAUAUUUACGGUCAUUUCGUUGCCAUGGACUUCAUUGACGAUAACUGGGAUGCCAUGCUAUCCACAUUUGGAGAUAACACAGCUCUCAUGGGGUACGCUCUGACUGGGACUAGUCUGAUAAACAGUGAUGCUGGCCUACAACAGUUGCAGAGUUUGAAAGCCAGGACAAGCGACGACCUUGCGGCCUACUCAGUAUUGGAUGACGUCAUCGAGAAGGUCGCCAUCAACGUUGAAUGGGCGAAAUCCUACGUCGACGAUGUUGCACGAUUCCUUGAGAGUGACGACGUUCAAGACAUGAUUUGAAACAGAACGAUUGUCUCAAAAUUUUCGGAUUAUUUUUACAUUCAGUAGAUGUUGUUUAACGUGCAGGACACUUUCAAAAUGGCGGCGCGUAUAAGUCGACGUUUUACUGACCGUCUAUACAAAACCGCGGUCUAUGUUGCUAAAUUCCAACUUUAUUGAAAUUUUCUGAAUUACUAAAAAAGACCAAUUUUCACGUAUUUCAUUGUACCAGGCGUUAGCCUGUUGGCAUAGGCAUGUUCAGGGAACCAUCGUUCGCCACUAUUUAUUCCCAUCGAAACUGCAGUCUGUGCAUUUAAUUUGUUUUUGGAUCAAACUGCAUUAUCGUCAGGUAUGGUCACAAAUACGGCCAUUUAGCGCAUGCGCAGUGAAAAUAUAUGUUUUUAGUAUACGACGAACUGGGUUAAGACGUCUCGCGAAGUUGAACGAACCUUAUAUAUAGGAAUUGUGGCGCAUUGACGUCAUAUCCUGUUUGUACAUUGCAUAAUUUAGGGGUAGACUAUUACUCUUGUUGAGGAGGGUUAGGUUAGAAUUUAAUAGAAAUAUUCUG